UACAAUUGUCUGGCAGGGCCUCGAGCUUAUUCAAUCAAAGCGGACCAAAAAGUGAAAUUUCAGCACCAAUUGGACUUGCCUCCCCGCGUCCAAAUCACAUCAGACGAAGUCCAAACUGGCAGUAAAUCCGCGAGGGUGGAGAGGGAUCAGCAGCAUCGGGUGUACCCGCGGCCGGACGGCGUUCAGUACUUGGAUCUACCGUCGGCCUACAGACCGCGCCUCUCCAAAAAUCUGCCUGAUCCGAAGAAGUUGAAGAAAAAACUGAGCGGGCUCUUUGUUCCCUACCACCGGACAGCCUCGGACGAGACUCCGGACGCCAGAAUGAUCCCAGGGGAUGGUGGUGUCGCCGCCGGCGGCGGCCACCUGGCACCACCACUCAUACCUCGGGAGCAGAUACCACCAGCAGCGGGCGAUAAACGCAGGGCUCGCAAGACACGCCGCCGGUCCACCUCUAACCAUCUACCCACAUGUUCCCGACAUUAG